GGCCUAGAGUGUCGCUCGUUGAAAUCGGUUUUAAGACUUUUGGACGUUGUUACUCGAUGACUGGUGCUCAUAUGCACUGGUUUAAGAGACGACGCGAAGACGCUGACCAGAGAGUGGUAGGCGACUCUAUCAACAAGUUAUCGUGAGCCUGGGAACUAGAUUAUUCUUUGGCGGCAGAUACCCUUUAUUUUUUCUUUCCUUUUCUCUAGCAGCAUCAUAAAAAAAAGUCACACACUUCCCACGUUAUAACGUCAUAACUGCAUGCCAAUAUCUUAAUUGUCGUUGAUAAUGGUUUUAUUUGAUGUGACCGAUUUCUACAAACAAUAGUCUGGCCGUUAUUUAUUAUUCUGUAAGAUUUUAGUUUCUUAUAAUGGUGUGUGGGCAUAUCAUUACACAUACCUACUCGUAUAUUUCUGUAUUUGAUUGUAUUAUAAUACAUUUAUGUUAUUAUUAUAUUCUUAUUUAGCUAAAAAAAUCAUUCACACAAGUCAAGAAAUAUAUAGAAAUCGGUGGCCAUCCGGAUGAAUUUGCCAACGGCGCAGCCGUGGACUGUACAAAUAUUGGUUUUGGUUAUAUAAAUAAAAAAGAAAAACAAGGAAUGGAAGGCUGGAGAAUUGAAACUAAAGUGAGAAAUGGUGAAAACGCUCCUACAGGAAGAAACCUUAAAAAUUGGAAAGAAUUUUUGUGUUCGGCUACUGGAACGACGCAGGUGGUAUGUCAAGGAGAUAGCGGAGGUCCAAUGAUUUGCAACGGCAAGCUAUAUGGUGUAUGCAGUUUUUAUUAUAACUUCAAAGGGGGGAAGAAUGAAUGUGGAAGUCCUGACAUACAGACAUUACAUGUAUUCCUAUACCAUUAUUUAAAAUGGAUAUAUGAUAUAAUAGAUCCUAAAAAAGAUGGAGAUGAUAAAAAUGAUGAAAAUGAUAAAAAAGAUGAAAAUGAUAAGAAUGAUAAAAAUGAUGAAAAUGAUAAGAAUGAUAAGAAAGAUAAAAAGAAGAAAAAGAAGAAAAAGAAGAAAAGAAGAAAAAAUUCUGGAAAUUCGCUUAAACCGCACCUUACAAUGUAUACAAUUUUAGCAAUAUUAUUUUAUAUGGUAUAUUGACCAAUGGCGUAGCCAUGAAUUACCCGAGGGGGGGUUUAAUGACCAUUUUUAUUUGUUCACCUAAAAUAUAUUGUUCAGGAGCGGUAAAACUAAAUACGCUAAAAUAUACUGAGUUGUACGCUGA